CUCUGUGAUUGGCUGCUGCUCACAGAGCUCUCUCCUCAUUGGCUGCCCUGUCACUGCGAGUUUCCGGAAGACGUGGCGGCUCCUCUGCAUCUCCCGACUGGAUCCCAACUCAGACACCGAGAGCGGAGACCCAACCGGAGAGCGAGACCGAGAGCGAGAGCCAGGAAACCGGCCGCACCGCCAGCACCGCCAGCAUGAUCUCCCUGAGCGACACCCAGAAAAUUGGCAUGGGCCUGACCGGCUUUGGGGUGUUCUUCCUGUUUUUUGGAAUGCUUCUCUUCUUUGACAAGGCCCUUCUCGCUAUUGGAAAUGUACUGUUUGUGGCCGGUCUGUCUUUCGUCAUUGGGCUGGAGCGAACCUUCCGCUUUUUCUUCCAGAAACACAAAGUAAAAGCCACUGGCUUCUUCCUGGGGGGAGUUUUCGUGGUUCUCGUCGGCUGGCCUUUGAUAGGAAUGGUCCUUGAAAUCUAUGGAUUCUUCCUGCUGUUUAGGGGCUUCUUUCCGGUGGUUAUUGGUUUCAUUCGAAGAAUACCAGUGCUGGGGUCGCUGCUGAAUUUACCAGGAAUCCGCUCGCUGGUAGACAAAGCCGGUGAAAGCAACAACAUGGUAUAACGGACGCUGUAUGGUGAUCAAACUGUUACUGGAUGCGUGCAGAUAAUGGCACUGCCUCAGAUGGUGUAAACACAGUACGAUUUGCCUGUUACCUUCAUACCGAGGGCUGCUGUUCUGCAGUUUACUAGAUGACACGGAGGGGCAAUUACAGACAGACUUUCUAAAAUAUUCCAGACUUGUUUCCCCUCGGAAACCUCGCUGAGCCUCCAGAAUCCGUCAUAACUGUGGUAUCCGCUCUACGCACCGUUGUAAAGGAAAAAACACUUAUUUUAUUUAUAGAAACAAGGAUUCCAAGCGAUACACUCCGGCUAAUGAGACUCGAUGUGAUGCAUGAAAUUAUGAUGGACCGUAUCAUUUUUAAGGACAGAAAAUAAUUGGUUUAUAUAAGGAAAAUUAGCUUGUUACAGUGAGAAAAACCUUUUUGUAUAUAUAACGGGUAGUAAAAAAUAUUCAGCGUCCAGGUUGGAUCAGAA